UAACGGUAUUCGAGCCAUGGAUGCACGCAUGGGUGCCUAGGUGUGUCGUGGUAUCUCUGUUUUCGUCUGGUGUAAUGCUUAGCCAGUCUUACGUGGUGCUGCUUUGUUUGCUGGCGGUCCUUCCGCUUAUAGCAACGCAAGGCCAGUCAGCACGUAUCGUAUGCUACUUCAGCAAUUGGGCAAUCUACAGGCCCGACGUCGGGCGUUAUACGAUCAAUGACAUCCCAGCGGAAAUGUGCACGCACAUCAUUUACUCCUUUAUCGGGGUAGAUGACAGCAACUACCAAGUACUCAUCAUUGACCCGGAGCUGGAUCUGGAGCAAAAUGGGUUCCGCAACUUUACUGACCUGAGGCAGAAGUAUCCCAACGCGAAAUACAUGAUUGCCGUUGGUGGCUGGGCCGAAGGUGGCAAAAAGUACUCGCAAAUGGUGGCCGUCAAGGAUCGGCGAGACUCCUUUAUCGAGAGCGUGGUACAGUUCAUGAAGGUUUACAACUUCGAUGGUUUUGAUUUGGACUGGGAAUACCCAGGGGCGGCGGAUCGUGGUGGUAGCUUCGGUGAUAAGGAUAAGUUUUUCUACUUCGUGGAGGAGUUGCGCCGUGCAUUCGACAAGGAAGGGCGGGGCUGGGAAAUCACUAUGGCGGUACCGGUAGCAAACUUCCGCCUCCAGGAAGGAUACCAUGUCCCAGAGCUGUGCGAAAACUUAGAUGCGAUUCACUGCAUGACAUACGACUUGCGUGGAAACUGGGCUGGGUUCGCCGAUGUUCACAGUCCACUGUACAAAAGGCCACACGAUCAGUGGGCCUACGAAAAGCUAAAUGUGAAUGACGGUGUACAACUAUGGGUAAACUACGGUUGCCCUCCAAAUAAGCUUGUUGUCGGUGUUCCGUUCUAUGGUAGAUCAUUCACGCUUAGCGCCAGUACCACGAACCCUACACUUGGAUCGUACAUCAACAAGGAAGCCGGUGGAGGUGCCCCAGGACCUUAUACCAAUGCUACUGGAUUCUUGGCGUAUUACGAGAUCUGUACUGAAGUGCAGUAUGAGGAGAAAGGAUGGGCGAAGAAAUGGGACGAUGUGGGUCUUUGUCCUUACACGUACAAAGGGACUCAGUUUGUCGGUUAUGAGGAUGUGGAAUCCUUGCAGCACAAGAUGAAAUGGAUCAAAGCAAAGGGAUACGCUGGGGCUAUGACGUGGGCUAUCGAUAUGGACGAUUUCCGCGGUUUGUGCGGCCCAGAAAAUGCGUUAAUGAAGGUGCUGUACGAAAGUAUGAAGGAUUACGUCGUACCCGAACCAUCGGUUACUACCACUCCUAGGCCUGAAUGGAAUCGUCCACCAUCAACAAUGUCGUCGGAGGGUGGCAAUCCACCUAAACAACCCACAACGACCACAACGAGCCGCCCUAGGCCAACGACCACCAGCCCAGCAGCUGCAGCACCGACGACCACAACCAGGCGUACCACGACGAGAACCACGACCCGUAAGCCGACGACCAUUCUUCCACCGGAACCGGAAGACUCCGAAGAGCCAGCGCCAUCCCUGCCGGAAACUGAGGACGAAGCUGAUAUCGAUUGUUCGGGCUACAAGGAUUUCGUACCCUCUGUCGAUUGUACCAAGUAUUAUCGUUGCGUUCACGGGCAACCGGUCGAGUUCACCUGUAAGCCGGGGACGGUUUUCCACACAGCAUUGAAUGUGUGCGAUUGGCCAGAGAAUGCCGACCGUAUUGAGUGUCGCAGUAAGGCAAAGUUUAUCGUUCAUUCUUCCGAUGACACGGAAAUCUAAUUACGAUCGUCCAUCGUCGUUGCGAAAAAAAAACUCAAUGCAUUCUAACUAAAUAAUCGCUUUAAACGCCAGCUAUAGAGUACCGAGUAACCAUGUAGAAGAGGAGUUCUUUUUUUUCAAAAAUAAAACGACACCCUGUGUUUGGUUUUUGUAGAAAA